AUGGCGCUCGUUAUUAUCUCGAUUAUCUUAGCAGCCGAUACAACAGCCGUCAUCCGAUCCCCACAAGAGGGGAAGGUGGGGGAGCGUCAGCAGCCACUGGGCAGCUCGCUGGAUUUCAAAGCAAAGCACCCCAUUGUCAUCAUCGCUGGCGGAAUUGACACGAUCUCGAUUAGAAAUCAGUCUUUGGCAUAUAUACCCCUCUUUCUCCCUUUGUUGCUGGUUCUACACCAUCCACCAUCCACCAUGGCUCCCAAGAUCAUCCUCUACACAAACCACAUCUGCCCCUGGGCUCACCGCGCCCACAUUGCCCUCAAGGAGCUCGGCCUGGAGUACGAAGAGGUCAUCAUCGACCUUGACACCCCGCGCGAGCCCUGGUACCUCGAAGUGAACCCGCGCGGCCUCGUCCCUACAAUCUCCUACAAUGGCACCAUAAUCCCCGAAUCCGGCAUCGUCGCCCAGCUCCUCGCAGACGCACACCCAUCGCACCUCCUCCCGCCCUCCAACAUCGAAGCCGGCGCCAUCCAGCGCGCCCAAGUCGCCUUCUUCGUCGACACCUUCUUCAGCAAGCUCCUGCCGCUCGUCUUCGGCGCCCAAAAGGCCACCGACGAAGAACAGCCCGCUGCAACCGAGGCCAUCGUUGCCGGGAUCGAGAAGAAUGACAUCGAGGGACUGCUCUACCCGGCUGGAUCGGGCUCGGGCCCGUUCUUCCACGGCGCGGAGAAGCUGACCCAGGUGGAGGUGCUGACGGGGUCGUUUUUGCUGAGGCUUUUGUCGUUCCAUAAGUAUGGGCUUUUGGCUCCGGAGUUUCCGGGGCUGUUGGAGAAGAGGGCUCCCAAGUUCUUGCAGUGGGCGAAGGCUGUUGUUGCGCAGGAGAGUGUGAAUUACAUCUGGGAUGAGAAGAAGGUUGGGACGCGGAGUGCGGCCAGGUUUAAGCCUAAGAACUAG